AGUCAAGUUGGCGGGUUCUCGGGGAUGUGUAUGGAUUUUCCUUUUGUAAAAAACUGGCACGAGCUUAGAUAGAGCAAAAAACAAGACCGCGUUUUUACUCCUACACACAACUGUACUUUGCGAUGUUUUUUAUUUCUCGCCGUUCGUUUUUUAUACAAACAAUACAAGUGUUUAGUCUUUGCUUGUUCGACUGUCUAUGUCUCGCCGCAGUUUUUAUUAGAAUUUGACGUUCUAGCCGAUGUUCGUACAUCUAUGAUAUAUUAUCAUCUAUCGUAUUAAGUAACAUUUCUCGGAAUUCGUCGGUGAAUAUGUUUACGUUUUAAUCUACUAUUUACUAAAGUUUAUGUGUGGAUUUUUUUUUGUGUAUAUCGGGUGCAGAAAAACACUUGGUCGUAUAUUCGGUAGUAGCAUAAAAACUUGUUGUAAAGUGUUGUAUGGUUAAUUAGGCUUGAAAUAUUACUUUUAUUAAAAUUUUUGUGAUAAGUGAAUAAACUAUAGUGUGGAUUGUAACUGGUAUUUGAAAAAAGAAACUUUACAAUGAAUAUGUACCCUUGGUACCGGGAUUCCAUGGGGACCCAGUUAGGACAACUAUGCGGCCCCAUGCCUACUACAAUCAAGACUGAAAACGGCUACAACGAUUGUAUGUUAGCCUUAGAUUACGCAACACAGAGUAAGAAAGCAUUCGGUUGGGAUGGUAGUCAAACGGGUGGUAAUCCCUCAGGACCCCAAACGGGCGGUGUCGGUGGUCAGGGUGCUCAAGGUUUGGUCCAUUGGAUGAGCGUCAUGGCCGAACAUAUGGAUCCUGCGAUGUCCCAUUACAUGCCUUGGAAUCAGGAGCAGUGUGGCCAACACGCAAAAGACGAUUAUCCCAAUUGGACAAGAAAUACGAUGGGUAUUAACAAGCAAGGAUACGAAUCGAAAAUGAAUGAUCACAAUCAGAUGCAAAAAGGUUUGUAUGGUAUGGAAGACCAUCACCAUAUGACGGGAACGCCAGGAAUCUACACGUCGGGUAGAUCGACGUCUAGUAGCUCUAGUCCGGGAGUUGCUGGUUCAAGUCCUGCGCUACUAGUAGUCCCACAACCUAUCAACGCAUCUAAAAUGGGAGGUAUGCAAAACGGCGGUCCACAACCCAGGAAAUAUCAAUGCAAGAUGUGUCCUCAGAUACCUAAUUUCUCAUCAAAACAACAAGUUUUCGGUUCGAAAGCGGAACUCCAAUUACACACGCAGGCGCAUAUGCGCGAAGCCAAACCGUACAAAUGCUCACAAUGUUGCAAAGCGUUCGCCAAUAGUUCCUAUCUAUCCCAACAUACUAGGAUACAUUUAGGUAUUAAGCCGUAUAGGUGUGAGAUAUGCCAAAGGAAAUUCACACAAUUAAGUCACUUACAACAACACAUCCGUACACAUACAGGAGACAAACCUUACAAAUGUCGACAUCCUGGUUGCCAGAAAGCGUUUUCUCAACUCAGUAACCUGCAGUCGCAUUCUAGGUGCCACCAGACGGAUAAACCUUACAAAUGCAAUUCGUGCUACAAAUGUUUUAGCGACGAACCCUCGUUAUUGGAACACAUUCCUAAACAUAAGGAGAGCAAACACCUCAAGACGCACAUUUGCCAAUAUUGUGGCAAAAGUUAUACGCAGGAAACGUAUCUAAGUAAACAUAUGCAGAAGCAUGCUGAAAGGACAGACAAAAGGCCGCCGAUCGGACCUAGCUUGGAUUUCUUCCCUGGAUUGAAUCAUCGAGGUUUAGAUCAUCCGUAUUGGCCGAAAGUAAGUCCGGAUAGUGCGGAAAACAUGCACGAAUAUCCGAACGACAUCUCUCGACAGAUCAUGGAACAAAACGAAGAUUUGGUAAUAAUACGACAACAAUUAGGACAAAAUCCACCAGCGCCACCCGGUACGCCAAACACCAAUCUAAGUAAUUCGUACGAUACGUCCAUAUCGAAAUCGAACACAAAUUCGGCGUUUACGCCAAUAAAUUCGAUGUCGGGUCAUUUGAAUCUCAACCACCAUCAACUAGCACCGAACAGACCGUACAUUUACGACGCUCUCAAUUUCCAAAAACAAAAUAACCUCGAUAUACCGAAAAGCCAACCUUCGAACGGGUUCCCCAAUCAACUGAUCAGUUUACACCAGAUCAGGAAUUACGCUCACCAACCGAACCCUUCGCUCAUGGAACAUUCCAUAUUAGGUUUAGGGAAAGAGAAAUAAAUUUACGUUAUCGAUGUUAUUUGAGGUGGAUGGGGUUUUGCAAAAUGGCUGAUCUGCGAACGGAACACACAGGUUGGCUAGGAGUGAUCAGUGAUCAGUGCUGGCUCGUGAUCUCGUAAUAAUUUUUAAUAUUUAAAUUGGCUUUAGGAUGUUGAUAUUUGGUUUUCGGGGGUAAAUACGGUACCUUGUCCAAUUAAAGAAAGCGGUUUUGGUAUUACGGCGACCCACAAUUUUUUUUUUUUUUUUCGAGUAUCGUACCAAAAUAUGUGAGUUCACAACAUCGUAGGUCAAAAAAAAAUUUUUAAGGGUCACUCCCAAUUUUUAACACUUCAUAAAAACGUUUUUUUCUAGUUCUUUCUACAAGAAAAAUGAUAAAACAUCCUGAAAAUCCCAAAAUUUUCAAAGUUUCCACGACAAAUUCUGAACGAUUUUUAAAUAUUAAAAUUUCGACUUGAGAUUUUCAGAAUCUUCUAUCAUUUUUCUUGUAAAAAAAACGAUUUUUGACGAUUUUAGAAACUUUUGAAAAUUCGGGAGUGACCCUUAAAAAAUUUUUGUUGUCCUACGAUGUGGAGAAGAUUCUUAAAACAUAAACUCACAUAUUUUGGUACGAGAUUCGAAAAAAGAAAAUUCGUUUUGUUUGGUCCCCCCUAUUAUGUAUAUUCGACUGCGUUAAACGCCUUUUCGAAGCGCAAAUUCCUUGAAAAUCGUAUGCAUUUUAUAAUUUAUGUUUCAGCGAUAAUACCAACUUAUUACUUUUAAUUUAUGUCGUUGUAGUGGUAUUCCUUUGAAAUGUGAUUCAUCAAAAAAAAAUUAUUUUUUUUAAUCGGUUAAAAAUUUGAUUAUCACUCAUUAUUUUUAACGACACAAACAAGUUGCGAAUAAUUCGAAUAGUUUCACAUAAUUAUAAUUGAUUUAAAUCCUUUUUUUUCGUAUUCCUCCCCUCUGAAAUUCAAUUUUUCUUUAUAUUCUUGAUUUUUUUCAUAUUUGGCCAAUUCGCGAUCGUUUUUCGCCGAUUUUUCAUUGAUAUAAAUUCAUUUUGUUAGUUUGAGAUUGAGACACGAUCAGCUGAUCUAAAAAUGGUUUUAUGGGGAUUUAUAUGAAUUUAGUACACUAUAGUUGAAAUUGAAGACGUUUUGGGACAAUCUGUAUAACAAAAAUUGUUUUUUUUUAACCGUAAUAUCAAAUUCUAAACACAUAAAGACCAAAUGGAUCUUUUGGAAGAUGGAAGUGAAUCGUAAAAUGUUAGAAACGCAUUUAGAACCUCAAACAUUUGGAAAAAUCGAAAUUGAAACUUGAUCAGCAGAUCUAAAAAUUGUUUUGUGGAGAUUUUAAUGAUUUAGUAACACUAUAAUUGAUAUUGAGAACGUUUUGGGACAAUCCGUAAAACAAAAAUCGUUUUUUUGACCGCAAUAUCAAAUUCCAAACACUUAAAGACCAAAUGGAUCUUUUGGGAGAUGAAGAUGAAUCACUAACGCAUUUAGAACCUCUAAUAAUUGGUAAAAUCGAAAUUGAAAAACUGAUCUAAAAAGGGUUUUAUGGGGAUUUAGUUUGACUAUAAUUGAAAUUGAAGAUGUUUUGGGACAAUCUGUAUAACCAAGAUCAGGUUUUUAAGCGUAAAAUCAAAUUUGAAGCAUAUAGAAACCUAACAAAUAAAUUGAUGAUCACAAAAUGUUAGAAACACACUCCAAAAAGUUAAGAAAAUCACAUAUAAAGUGAUUUAAAAACAAAAUUAUGAAUCCUAAUUGAACUUGGUUAAACUCUAUAUAUGAUAUUUAGUAGUUUUUGGGACAAUCUGUAAAACUGAAAAUCGAUCAAUAGAUCUUAGAAGAGUUUUAUGGAUAUAUAACGUUUUGGGACAAUCUGUAAAACAAAAAUUGUUAUUGAUAUCGAAGCAUCUAAAGACCAAACGAACCAUUUUGAAAUAGAAAAUUGAUAAAAAUAGGCUAGAAACAUACUUUGAAUUCCAAAACGUUAUUUAAAUUGAACUAAUUUGGAAUUAAUUCAAAAAAUUUUUUGCAUUGUAGUUUUAUGUGGGGACAAUCUGUAGAUGUAAAAUCGUUAUUUUCGUAAAAAUAUCAAAUCUAAAGUAUAUAAAGAAUAAAAAAAUCUAAGAAUCUUCUAUAGUUAUUAUUUUAUUUAUAAAUAAAAUUAAUUCAAAUUCGAAGUAAUAUUUUGGUAUUAUAAGAAAACUAGUUGUAACUAAAAAAAAACUGCUUUCUUGGGAAUCUUGGUGAUCAGGGUGUAUCAUUACAAUAACAACGUUUUUAGGAUACGAGUUUUUUUAUUUUUCGGUUUUGGUACACCCUGUAACAUAUAUAAAAGGGUACAAGAUAUUAUUUUUUUUUUCGAAAUAUUCUAGAGGACGGGUUUUUCUCUGAAUAGUUCAUUUUUCGAAGUUGUACAGAUGACAAAUGUAGUUAAUUAUGUUUUUUUGUGGACUAGAAUUCGAAGUUUUUUUUAUAGAAAUAUUUUUAUUUAAAUUUUAUGUAUAUGAUUUGAAUUUUCGUCCGCAAAAUUAAAAAAAAAACAUAGCUCAAUAUCUAUUUAUAAAAAGUACUUUUUAUUUCAUUUUCUUUCCUUCAAUGUGUUUAUUUUUCUUUUAUUAAUGUAAUUUCACAAUUAAUUUCCGUCAUUUAUAAAUAAAUUUUUUUUGG